AGCCGGGCCACCGCCUGCCCGGCCGAGGACCGACAGCGCAUAUGCACCUGGCCGGCCGGCCUGUGCGCUUGGGAUGCCAUCAUGUUCAUGGGCUCGGCAGGCCUGGGCUGCCCCAGCCGGCCUGUGCCGGUGUUCUGGGCGGCUGACUCAGCCUCACGUGGACAACUCCGACCUCGGCUGCACUUUUUUUUUUGUUGAGCGCAGCCGCCGUUGGGCACAACGAGAGAACAGGGCCGCCGAGAGGGCCGACCAACAUCGGCCAGCAUCCGCCAGACCGCUACGGCAUCCACUACAGCAUCCCUGCUUGAGCGCACCGACGCAGUAGCAGUCCGCCAAGAUGGGUAUCGUCAAGAAGCAUGCCAAGGGUCGCUUGGAUAAAUACUACCAUAUGGCCAAGGAACAGGGCUACCGUGCCCGUUCCGCCUUCAAGCUCAUCCAGCUGAACAAGAAAUACAACUUCCUGGAAAAGGCCAAGGUCCUGGUCGAUCUCUGCGCCGCUCCUGGUGGUUGGCUCCAGGUUGCGGCCAAAUAUAUGCCCAAGCCCAACAUCAUCAUCGGUCUCGAUCUGGCUCCGAUCCGUCCGAUACCUGGCGUCAUAACCUUUGUCGAGGACAUUACUACCGCCAAAUGCCGGACGACAAUCAAGGCGGAGCUAAAGACCUGGAAGGCUGACGUUUUCCUGCACGAUGGUGCCCCGAACGUCGGUACCGCCUGGCUGCAGGAUGCCUUCCAGCAGUCGGAGCUCGUUUUGGCGUCGUUGAAGCUGGCGACCGAGUUCCUGGGGCCCAACGGCACCUUUGUCACCAAGGUCUUUCGAUCCAAGGAUUACAACAAACUGAUGUGGGUCUUCAACCAGCUCUUCUCCCGAGUCGAGGCUACCAAGCCGGCAUCGUCCCGUAAUGUCUCUGCUGAGAUCUUCGUGGUCUGCCAGGGCUACUUGGCACCCAAAAAAAUCGAUCCGAAAAUCCUGGAUCCCAAGUACGUGUUCAAGGAAGUGGACGACGUCGACGACGCCGAGGACGAAAAGAAAACACAGGAGCGCCACAAUGCCAUCCUGAACGAUCUGUUCCACCCAGAGAAACGCCGUCGACACCGUGAUGGCUACGAAGACAACGACUAUACUCUACACAAGUCCAACAGCGUCACAGAGUUCAUCGAGGGCAAGGACUUUAUUCCUCUCCUUGCCCGAUCGCACGAGCUCAGCUUCAAGAAGGAUGAAAAUGGCAAAAUUUAUGAAAAGCACCCGCUUACUACCGAGGAGAUCAAGGAAUGCCUCUCGGACUUGCGAGUGCUGGGUAAAAAGGAUUUUAAAACCCUACUCAAAUGGCGCGAGGAGAUUCGCGUGUCGUGUGGCCUGGACAAGUCCCGCCAACAGAAGCGCCAAGAAGCCGAGGAGAAGGCCAGGCUAGAGGCCGAGACCAGCCAGGACAAAGAGGAAGACGUCGAGGAUGAGGUACAGCGUCAAUCCAAUCUCCUCAAUACCCAGCUGAAGCGGCAGAUGCGAAAGGUCAAAGACAAGCGCGCCAAGCAGCUUCUCAAGAUGCAAAUGGGCAUGACAACCCCGAUGGACAUUGGUCUGGAGGCCGAGCACGGUAUCGGUGGCCUCGAUGUGGACGACGGAUCGGGCUUGUUUGACUGGAAGAAAGUCGGCGAUGCCAGCAACACACUUGGCAAAGCUCGAAGGGGAGAGUUUGAGGAGUUUGAGAGCGAUGAGAGCGACGAUGCCGCCGAGGACGACGAUGACGAGGAGGACGAAGUCCUUGAUUCGGACGAAGAGACGGCGCAAAAGGUUCAGUGGCUCGAGAAUGAUCUCGACCAAAUGUACGAGAAUUACAAGUCCCGCAAGCUCGAGAAGGACCCUAAGGCCAAGGUUGCCCAGCAGAAGGAAGGCGCCAAAGCCAAGUUCGAAGAAUGGUACGGAUCUGAGUACGACAAAAGUAUCCGUGACCUUGGCAAGGACGACGAUGACGACGAGGAGGGCGGCGAGAGACAAGGCUCCGACGACGACAGCGAAUAUAGCUCGUGGGGUGACGAGAGCGAGGACGAGCGUAAGCCGACAAAGAAAGGUGCCGCCGUGAAGAUUGGUGCGAAGCGCACCAAACCCAGUGCGGACAGCGAGGACGAAGACCAGGAUGAUGCGCCACAGGCACUCUCGAAAAAAGCCAAGCUCUUCUUCGACAACCCCAUCUUCAAGAAGAGCACUGAGCUUGGCCAGAAGCCCAAGCCCGAUCAAAAGGGCAAGAACACAAAGAACAAGUCCAAGCCCAAGGGCAUGUUUGAUGCUGAUCUCGAAAGCGAGAGCGACGACGAGGUGCAAGCGAACCCGCUCCAGGGCUUCUCGGACGAUGAAAACGAAUUCGAAGUCGUUAAGGGAGACGAAGUUGGCCCGGACAAGGAUCCGUUCGCCAUCACCAAUGCAGUUGGAUAUACUCUCGCGCAGCAAAUGGCUUCGGCCAAGGGCAAGCGCGACCUCCUGGACGACUCGUUCAAUCGGUAUACGUUCAACGACCGCGAGGGGCUGCCAGAGUGGUUCCUCAAGGAGGAAGAAAGGUUCAACAAGCCACAGAUGCCUGUGACCAAGGAGGCUGUGGAAAUCAUGCGGCAGCGCAUGCUGGCGCUCAAUGCCCGACCGAUCAAAAAGAUUGCCGAGGCCAAGUUCCGCAAGAAGAUGCGUACCCUGCGGCGCCUCGAAAAGUCGCAGCGCAAGGCCGAGGGCCUGGCCGAGAACGAGGAGCUCAGCGAAAAAUCCAAGCUCGAGCAGAUCACAAAGCUGAUGGACAAGGCCAAAUCCAAGUCCAAGCUGGAGAAGCCCAAGAUCAAGCUCGUCGUUGCCCGCGGUGCCCACAGGGGUGUCCAGGGCAGGCCCAAGGGUGUCAAGGGCAAAUACAAGAUGGUCGAUCCGAGAAUGAAGAAGGAAGUUCGCGCGGAAAAGCGAAAAGCCAAGGAAUCCAAGUCCCGACGCCGAAAGUAGACAGCCACCACCUCCGUGAUCGACAAGACGGCACAGCGUCGCCCGACGCUUUAGUCCGAGUCAUGGCAUAUUUGGAAUACAUCAUCCAAGACA